AUGUGGCUUCCAUCAGCCGUUAUUUCUUUGCUCUUUGCUACUACGCUUGGUCACUCUACGCACCAUGUAGAGCAGGAUUUCUCGCCAAAGCGUUUGAAUAAAUUACAAGAAAAAUGGGGCACUGAUUGGGGGUUCUCUGGUGUCUCGACUUACGCACACCUCGAGCACACGCGCUGCUUAACCCACCCUGAGGCUGCAUUCGAUAUUGGAAUCAUAGGUGCACCCUUUGACACAGCAGUAUCCUAUAGACCAGGCGCCCGAUUCGGUCCUCGAGCCAUUCGUGCAGGCUCCGCCCGCCAAACAUCUUUCCGAGGCUUCAAUCCGCGCGCGAAUCUCAAUCCAUAUACGUCGUGGGCCAAGAUUGUGGACUGCGGAGACAUCCCAAUCACGCCUUUCGAUAAUGCAUUAGCUUUGAAGCAAAUGAGCGAGGCAUUUGUGGAGUUAGGCACUAGGGCAUCAUCUGAGAAGUCACAAGCGAGCGGGUCAACAUACCUACAGAAGCCAAAGCUCCUUACACUAGGAGGAGAUCACAGCAUUGCGCUUCCAGCUUUAAGGGCUUUGAAGCAGGCGUAUGGGAAGCCUGUUGCCGUAGUUCACUUCGAUGCUCACUUAGAUACCUGGCACCCUGCAAAAUAUCCGUCUGCAUGGAUUGACCCUGAAGAUGAAAGCACACAAUCUUUCUUCAAUCAUGGCAGCAUGUUCUGGCUUGCAGCAACGGAGGGCUUGAUUGCUAACGGCUCUUCUGUUCACGCUGGGCUACGAACACGUCUUUCUGGCGACGACGCCACCGACCACGCAGACGACUCGCAGCAGGGCUGGAUUCGUAUUGCUACGGACGACAUCGACGAAAUUGGUGUUAAAGGUGUCAUCCAAUCUAUCAUGGACCGCGUAGGCACAGAAACACCGGUGUACCUCAGUAUUGAUAUCGAUGUGAUCGAUCCGGGUAUGGCACCAGCUACAGGUACUCCGGAACCAGGAGGCUGGACCACGAGGGAGCUUAUCCGGAUACUCAGAGGGAUCGAAACGAUGAAUGUCAUCGGAGCCGACAUUGUUGAGGUCUCUCCUGCCUAUGACAGCGCGGCCGAAACCACUGGCCUGGCGGCUGCUCAGGUCGCAUACGAGAUUAUCACCAGCAUUGUCAGGAAAGGCUUGAUUGAGCAGGAAAAGACAGGCAAGAAAACUGGAAGCGUUCGUGACGAGCUAUGA